UGAAAAAGUUGGAAUUUGAAGAAGUCCCUGGAAUGAGAGUGUGAAAGUGAAGAUAGUUUUUGAGGAAGAAGAUCGAUGAAUCCUUCGAGUAACAGCGCUGGUCUUUCUUCAACGCUCUCAUCUCUGAAAAACCUAAUCGCUCUCUCAAACGACGUUCUCUCUGUAACACCAUCCCCACCAACCCUAAACACUAACCUAAUACAAUGCCCUUUCAGUCCACACCAUCUGAUUCCUCCACACGCGCUCUUCCUUCACCACCUUCGUUGCCCUUCCUCUCCGCGCCCUCUUCCCGAUCUCACUCACUCUCUCACUUACCCACAAACCCUCCACAACUCUCCCUCUGAUCAACUCUCUUUCUAUCUCCACUCCCUCUCCAACUUCUUCUACCGUGAUUGCCCCGCCGUCGUUUCUUUCUCCCCUGCGGACGCCCUCACCAGAACCGCCACCCUCACGCUUCCCGCCUUUUUAUCUCUCGAAUGCGCCGACACAGAUACCCAUUCCAACCUAAUCCCACUCUCCCACCACGCGCCCAUUCUCCCCUCUCACUACUUCUCCAUCGCGCGUGAACUCCAGGCCUGGAACGAUUUUCCCACCACCUUCUCCAACUCCGUUCUUCGCGCCAUUUCAGGUCUCGGAAUCGCCAAUGAACAUCACUUAAUGGAUUGGAUAAUAGCGAAUUCGCCUAGAUACGGCGUCGUUGUCGACACCGCUAUGCAGCAGCAUAUGUUUCUGUUAUGUUGUUUGUGUCUCAAGUCGAUUAUAAGAGAAGCUUCCGUUUCCACGGAAAGCCAAAAUGCUCACGUAAUUUGCCCCGUUUCGAACCAGGCUUUGACGUGGUUGGCGUAUCAGGUUUCGAUCCUUUACGGUGCAGCGAACGGGAAGGGUUUUGUUCUUAAUUUUCUGAAACAUUGUAUUACUGUUGGUGCGUCUGUUCUGUUGUUGUUUCCUUUAGAAGACCAAGGUGCUUCGAAGCACGAGUCUAAGAAUUUAGAUAAAGAGAGUGUGGACAUGAAGGAUGUCAAACCUGCUGCUCCAGUUGCCGAAAAGAAAAAUUCCAUACUGAAUAGGAAGAUUUUUGUGUCCCAAGUUGCAGCGGCUGUUGCCGCAUUGCACGAGCGAUCUUUGUUUGAACAGAAAAUUAAGGGAUUUUGGUUUUCUCAGCAGCCAAGUAACUAUCAGCUGGUUGCUGAGCAUUCUUAUUUGUCUGAGAAAGCAAAUGAGGAGCGGGCAAAACGUCCUGAUUAUACACCCAUAAUUGAUCAUGAUGGCAUUCAUAGGCCACAAUCAUCUAACCAGGAAUCAUCUAGAGAAAAGACCCGAGAGGAGUUGAUAGCUGAAGAAAGGGAUUACAAACGUCGAAGAAUGUCUUAUCGUGGCAAGAAGACAAAUCAAUCACCUUUACAGGUGAUGAGGUACAUGAUAGAGGAUUUCAUGGAGCAAAUCAAGCGGGCUGGGGGUUUUGAGAACCCUGUGAAGAUGUCUGAAGAGGGUGGAUUGUUUCCAUUUAAGCCUCCUGGCCAUGACAUUUCCAUGGAAGCCAGUAAUUCAACAAGAGCUAGUAUUGACUCACCUGCAGUGACAACAAGCAACCCACGUUAUUCUCAGCAACAAUCACAGUCUAGCUUUUGCGAUGAAAGCAAAGAAAUGGAUGUUUCAUUUUCUAGAGAUUACAAACAACUCAAACAUGAGCAUCAUCGAAGCCAUCAUUACCGAGAUGAUCAAUGGAAUGCUGACAGAGGAAAAGAUCAUAGAGACCGGCCUUCUACAAGUCAUGAAAGACACUCAAGUCAUAGUAGACCACGUGAGCAUAGUAGUCAUCAGAACAAACAGGAUUACUGCUCAAAUAGAAAGAAGCAUGAUAACUCAUCUAGAUCGAGGGAUAGGCGGCAGAAUGACACUCACAGGAGUCAUAUUUCAGAUUCUUUCCCAAAUAAGACAUUUUCAGACCGAUAUGAUCCUUCAGAAUCUCUUGAUAUAUGUGAUGAUGAUAUAUCCUCUGACGCCAAAUAUAUCAAGUCCGAUAAAUUUUAUGAUAAGGAACAUUAUUAGGUUGGUCUUGGUCAGAACUGUGAAGAUACUACACCUCUUGUGGCCUGUGGUAAUAACUUACCAAGCUUCGGCGAUUUUGACAAUGUAUCCUCCUUUGUAUCCUUAAUUCUGAAAGCACAUUUAUUUAAGCAAGCUUUACUUGGACUGGUUUAUUGAUGUUGGUGGUAGCUAUUAUCACCGUUGUAUUUUUUAUUUUUCCUCGAUAGAAAAGCAUUAAAAAUGGCAAUUAUGUCAUCCACAUUAGAUUCAUUACAUAAGAUUUUUUAUUUUAAUUAUCUCAUGGUUGUUUUACUUAAACUUAACUACGUAGUUUCUUCAGUACAUUGUAUUGUGUGUGUGGCUAUGUGGCAGUGCUAGGAAAAAUGAAACAGUUUGGAUAGUGCUUUACUUAGGAUGUUGAGUCAUUUAACUACAACUAGAGCAAUUAUAUAGUUUAUAUUAUCUAACAGGCAUCUGAAAUUUUAUCUUGUCUUUUUGUAACGUUUUUGUCGUUUUUGUGUCUAACAAAGAAGUGAUUGGAGUUGGAUUCUGUCUGAACUUGAGCUUUUUUUUGUUUCAACAACUUCCCUGAUGUGUUCUCUCCCCGUCAUUUGUUCCUAACCUUAGCAUAGAAUAUGGCAAGGUUGGUGAAGGUUGUCGUUAUUGAGGCUUUUAUUUUUUUGAGAAAAUUUGUUGAAUAUUUUUGCAUUAUUGAGAUCGAAAUGCCUUUGUCUCGGCUAAUUUCUCAUGCUUUGAUUCCAGACCAGCUGAAAUCAACAGAGUCUUUCACUUUCUUCCUGAAUUCCCUCUGCCCUUUUUAGAUACUUACUGAUUUAAAGAGACAGACUCUUCAAUGGGCUUCGUAGGUUUCUUCAUUACUUAUUGGAAGAGACCCAGCUAUGAUCGUGUGUCUGCGGUCAAUGUGUCCAGAUAUCAGAAGGUAAUUAUACUAAGAGUGAGGGAAACAAAUAUGGCAAUGGUGCUGUUUGCAUCUUACUGUAAAUGGCAACUAUCUCUGUUCUAUCUGUUUAUUCAAUUUUUUGUUGCAAAGAGGGCUCCUCGGGCCUUAUUUAUGUCAAAAGAUAGAUUCUGAAUGAUUGGCUUAAGCGGUUAAA